UUUCCGUUCCGUUUCGCAAUUGAAUUUCUUUCUUUCCCCAUCCUCGAAGAAACGUUUGCUUCGGCUCGAACUUCGUCAGAGGCAGAGUCGGGGAACGUCAGACAUGACGAUUCCUCUCGAAGAAUCUUCACUGCCCUCCCUGUUGAUCGAUCUUCCCAAUCUCUUGUUUAAAAGGGUUCGCGGGUCUUCUUGCAUUCCGCAUUCUUGCGAGUUAUCUGCGCAAUUUUCAUCUACUGAGUGUAAUUUUGGGUUACAAUUGAAAUGGCGGGCAUGGAAAGUUCAGAAGGUGGGGGGAGAAAGAAGGUGGUGGUGGUCGGCGGCGGCGUUGGUGGGUCUUUCGUCGCCAAGUCCCUACAGUUCACUGCCGAUGUCGUCCUCAUUGACCAGAAAGAGUACUUUGAGAUAACCUGGGCGAGCAUGAGGGCGAUGGUCGAACCAUCUGUUGCCGAGAGAUCUGUGAUCGAGCACAGUGAUUACUUCAUCAAUGGACAAAUUGUCACUUCUGCAGCCGUGGACAUCACAGAGAGAGGAGUAGUUACUGAAAAUGGGAAUCUACUUCCGUACGACUAUCUCGUUGUUGCCACAGGACACAGAGAAUCGGUCCCGAGGAGUCGGAGAGAAAGAAUUGCUCAGUACCAGGAAGAAUUUGAAAAGAUAAAGUCUUCAAACUCGAUCCUAAUCAUCGGAGGAGGCCCCACUGGUGUAGAACUUGCUGGUGAAAUUGCCGGUGACUUUCCCGAGAAGAAGAUUACUCUAGUCCAUCGAGGUUCGAGGUUGUUGGAAUUCAUUGGGCCCAAGGCUUCCCAGAAGACAUUGGAUUGGCUGACAGCAAAGAAGGUCGAAGUGAUCCUAGGUCAAUCGGUUGAUCUGGACUCUGCAUCAGAUGGUCUAUAUCGAACUUUUGAUGGAGAAACCAUAAGAGCUGAUUGCUAUUUCUUAUGCAUUGGGAGGCCUGUUGGUUCUUCGUGGCUUAAGGAGACCUUGCUUGGUGGCAGCUUAGAUGAUUGUGGGAGGUUGAUGGUUGAUGAGAACAUGAGGGUCAAAGGUCACCAGAAUGUGUUCGCCAUUGGAGAUAUCACUGAUGUUCCCGAACUCAAGGAAGGCUACUUGGCCGUGGCUCAUGCUGAAGUAACAGUCAAGAACUUGAAAGUACUGAUGAGUGGAGUUAAAGAGAGCAAGCUUGCCGCUCACAAACCCGGGUCCACAAUGGCCAUAGUUUCGCUUGGGAGGAAAGAGGCAGUGGCCCAAUUUCCGUUCAUGACCAUAAGCGGGUUCCUCCCAGGCAAGAUUAAGUCCGGGGAUCUCUUCAUUAGAAAGACAACGAAGAAGCUCGGACUCAAAUCUAAGUGAUGAGGAAAGAGAGGGAGGAGAAGAUGGAGGACUCAGAUCUUCGUUCAUGGAUAGUUUAACGUACAUGUCACUUGAGUGUGUCAGCUGUGCUCGUGUAUGUAGUAAUGUAAGAUUGAUCUUAUUCCAUUUAUGUUGUUGAAGGGCAUUUGCAGUUUUGGCGCAUUCUAAAUGAUGUCGUAGGCGAACCUUUCAAUGGACAUCUGCAAGUGUUCAGUA